CGUCUGACACAAAUGAUGAAACCAGUGUAGAUUUUCUCUUAUCAAGGGGUAUUGCACAGGAAAUUAUGCUUGUGCCAUAUCUACUUUUGACCAGAUGCUAAAAGAGGAUCCAACCAAUCCUGGGUCACUAAUAUUAAGAGGGACUGCAUAUGCAUUGCAACGAGAGCCUGAAGCUGCUAUUGCUGAUUUUACCAAGACAAUUCAAUCAAAACCAUCGGCUGUUGAGGCUUGGAGGAGGAGAGGCCGGGCUCAGGCUACCUUAAGAAAAUUUAUUGAGACGAUUGAAGACCUGACCGCAGCAUUGGGGUUUGAACCGGAUUCAGCUGAUAUAUUACAUGAAAGAGACAGCUUCUUUAAUCCAUCUCUUUGACACUUCAGUUUCCUUGCAUUUGUGUUUGCAAUCGACU